AUGAUUCCCGACGACAGUGUAUUUUACGACAGAUGUCAAGGUGCCAAUCCCAUAAGUGAUUAUUUCUAUUUGGAUGAUUUUAUCAUGGAAUAUGUUGAGAAUGGCAUUGCAGUUAGUGGUACUGUAGUCUGUCAGUUCAAGGAAUUGGAGCCUACCGAUCGAAUUCAUGUGCACAUUGAGGUGUUUAAAUUUCAACGCGGAGCUUGGCAAUUGACACCUUUUACCAUGAUUAUCAAUGAUUUUUGUCCAAAACAAUUUGCCCCAACCACUCCCUGGUAUCAGAUGUUUUUCAAGCAUGUGGUCGAAAAUGAUCGUAAAUGCUUUAAUCGCUAUAAUCAAACGUAUCACUUAGAGCCCUUUACACUCGACCUAUCCAUGGAGAUGCCAAUGAAUAUGGAAGGACGUUGGAAGGUGGAAUUACGUGUCACUGCCUACAAAAAUGGAGUGAAAAAGUAUCCCUUUUACUUUUGUGCCCACAUUGUUGGGGACGUUUAUAAGGUGAUCUAA